CGACAUUGGUUUGGGUUGAUUUCUGAACAGGCCUAACUCUCACAUUAGUCUUUUGGAAAAACCCUUGCGGCCUCCAUUCCCUCACAGGGUUUUUCUCUUUCUUCCCUCUCAUCUCUAACCUCAUUUUCCCUCAGAUUCUCUCUGUGAUCCGCAACUCAGUCCCGGCAACGGAAUCAGACCCCAGCUAAAGUUCAGCUGUACAAUAGGAAGAGAGAAAGAAACAAGAAGAAGAAGCUUCUGUGUGAUCAUAUGCUUCUGUUAAAACCCCUUGUGAAGCUGGGACUUAGUUGCUAGAUUAGGUAAACAUAAUUGAGAUUAAAUCAUAAAAGAUUGUUCAGUUGGGGUUGCUUUCUGUGAGUAGUAUUUGACCCAUAGAGAAGUCAAUUUGUUACCAUUUUGAAAUUUGGUGGAAUAGAGUUAUGGCAAUGAACCAUGCUAGGUUGUUUAGGAGUCGAAUAAUUGGUAAUGACGAAGUGAGUUCAGUUUUCCGGCGAACAUUUGCAGCAGGAGCUAAAAAGAAGGGAUCUAAAGGUGGUGCGGCCGGUGAUGCACCGAAAGCAUCACUUCUUAGCAAAGAAGUGAAAUCUACAACUGUGGUUGGGGCAAAUAUUCUCAAAGAAGGGGCAGAUCCAAAGGUCUUGGCAGAUUCUGACUACCCAGAUUGGCUCUUCCAUCUGAUUGAUAAGCGCCCUGCUUUGAGUGAAUUGCGCAGGAGGAAUGUUGAGACUCUCCCUUAUGAAGAUCUCAAACGCUUUGUUAAGCUGGACAACCGAGCAAGGAUCAAGGAAAACAACUCUAUUAAGGCCAAGAACUGAUUAGCUUUCUUUCUAUUUCUUUCUAGUAUGAGGGUAAAAGUAAUGUAUAAAUAUCAGUAUGAUAAGUCUGCUGGUAAAUUCAUUGUAUGAAUCCAUAUCUGUUUUGGCUGUUUAGUGGGGCUGUACUAAAAUAGCACAAUUUCAUGUUAUUUGGGAAUGUUUUUUUUUU